CGCCCCGGUUGGCAUGCACGAACAGCAAUGACGGACUACUAGUGCCGAAUGCCGAUGGCAUUGCAGGGAUGCCAAUUCGUCGCCUGUAGUGUUGUGAGGGCACGAAGCGGCCCCGCCUACUGUUACAACUCUGCUUUUUCAUUGGUCCAAAGCUGCUCAGGGCGAGCGCUACAAACCCAAACUGCAAUGCACAGGAUUUUCGGUACGAGCGUGGGGCUGUGUAGCCUGCGUUUGCUACAUUAGGAAUAAUGACCAAGUAAAAAAAUAUAUAGUUCAUAAGGGAGACGGGAAAGACAUUUUCUUGUAAAGCACUGUCGAAUUCAUUGUUUUAUUAAUCCAGUGGACCAAACGUUCACGUUGGAACGCGGAGCUUCUCCUUUAUGCACGGAUGGAGCGGCGCAGUUAACCGACAUUACAUAGGAUUCAGUUCAAGUAAGUUUUUCAGAGGAGUGUCGUCCCGCGUCCCAGAGAUCAUGGCGGCUGGAACCCACUCCCCCGGGGGACCCAAUGGGAUCAUCCGGAGCCAGUCCUUCGCCGGCUUCAGCACGCUACAGGAGAGACGCUCGCGGUGUAACUCGUUCAUGGGGAACUCUGUGGUGCAGAAGAAGCCCCCGUCCAAGCCCAAGAAACCCCAUCUGUCAGGGCACAAGGCCAGCAGCGGCUCCAGAGUGCCCCAGCCCAAGAGGGUGGAGGAGGUGUACGGGGCCCUCAAACAAGGCCUGGAUGAGUAUCUGGAGGUAUACCAGACUGAGCUUGAUAAACUCACCUCUCUGAUGAAGGACAUGAAGAGGAACUCCAGACUGGUGAGACAGGAUGGAGUCCUGUACGAUCUUGACAAGCAAAUCAAAACCAUCGAGAGGUAUAUGAGGCGGUUGGAGUUUCACAUGAGCAAGGUGGAUGAGUUGUAUGAGGUGUUCUGUAUCCAGCGGAAGCUGAGGGAGGGAGCCAGUAAGAUGAAGCAGGCCUUCUCUGCCUCUCCCUCCACUAAGGCCAGCAGAGAGAGCAUAUUAGAGGUCAACCGCAGAUACAAGGAGUACACAGAGAAUAUGAGCACAUUUGAGGUGGAGCUGGAGAACCUGUUGGGGGAAUUCCAUAUCAAAAUGAAAGGUCUUGCUGGCUUUGCUCGUCUCUGUUCAGGAGACCAGUAUGAGAUCUUCAUGCGGUAUGGGCGUCAGCGAUGGAAACUGAAGGGGAAGAUAGAGGUGAACUCCAGACAGAGCUGGGACGGAGAGGAGAUGGUCUUCACGCCCCUCAUCACAGACCUCAUCAACAUCAAGGUUACCGAGCUGAAGGGUCUAGCCACUCACAUCCUAGUGGGCAGUGUGAUCUGUGAGACCAAGGACCUGUUCACCGCCAUGCCUCAGGUGGUGGCUGUCGAUGUCAACGACCUGGGAACAAUCAAACUCAAUCUGGAGGUCACAUGGUUUCCGUUCGAUGUGGAGGACCUGACCCUGUCUUCAGGCAACGUGAGCAAGGCCACCGCCCUGCAGAGACGGGUGUCUGUCUACAGCCAGGGCACGCCAGAGACACCCACCUUCCAAGACCAGUCCUUCUUUGAGUUGCACCCCCGCCCCUCCCCGACCCAGCAUCGCUUCUCCUUCCUCCACGCCCUGAGGAACUCCCUGUUAGAGAAGCUGAGAUGCAGUCGCUCCUUUGGCGACCUGGCCUCCCUCCGCCCCAGGCCCAAGUCCAGCCUGGAGGUCUAUGUGAGUGAGUCCACCCUGCCUGACGACGUCUUUGAGAACGGUGUGUGUGGCAACGCUGAGUGCAAGCGCCUCUCCUUCACCUUUUCCGAUACCUCAGUCUCCUCCCCCAGCCCAAGCCUCGCCCCCGGCCAGUCCAACCCCGAAAUCACCGUCACGCCUCCUGAGACCGACCCCUGGCCCCAAAUAUCCCAGAGGGAAGACAAAGGGGUAGAAGAGACGGUUCGGGUGCACGCAGACGUAGUGGAAGAGGAAGAGGGUGAGGAGGAAGAGGAGAGUGGUGACAGCGGCGGUAGUGUGAGCGCUAGCCUGGUUAGCGAGGAGGCGGAGUCAGAGUGGGAGAGGGCAGAGUUCCAGUGUAACGUAGGUUCCUCUUCUCUCUGCUCGGAGAGUCAGUUGUCAGCUGUGGCUCCUGAGGAUGUGUUCCUGGACCACGCUGGGCCUGACAGGGAUGGAGAUGAGGACGACAGCUCGGAGCUGCUGAAGCCCGUGGAACUGGACACUGAAGAACCAGGCAGCUUGACCAGGCAGCUGGUGAGGAGGCUGACGUCGUCCGACAUUCUGCCCGAGGUGGUGGCUCUGAGCUGGGCCGGGGAGGGAAGCAGGGCCUUCCUGGAGAGCAGCCUGGAGGAGGCCCUGCACAGCCUGCUGCUGAGGCUGGAAUCACUGGGACAACGCUGUAGAGAGCUGCAGGACCUGGAACAGGAAGUGAUGCGCCUGGAGGACCUGCUCAAGUGUCGUCUCCCGGGCCACAGGAGCAGGUCGUCCAGCCUCAGCCUGACGGUUGAGAGCGCCCUGGAGAGCUUUGACUUCCUUAACACCUCUGACUUCGACGAUGAUGAUACGGGUGAUGACCACGCUCUCCACAGCUCUGUGUUCUUUGACAUGGAGGUGGAGAGAAUUGGGCCUGGAGGCCAGCACCCAGAGGCCAGAGGCCACCUGAGUGAAGCCCUGACGGAGGACACCGGGGUGGGCAACAGUGUGGCCGGCAGCCCCCUGCCUCUCACCACCGGCAAUGAGAAUCUGGAUGUGGCCAUCGUCAUUCACCUGCAGUACUGCGAUCAUCUCAUCCAGCUCCUGUCCAGUGGAGGGAACCCUUGGCAGCGUAGAGCCCAGCUCCAGAAGCUGUCAGCUCAGACUCAGCUGUUAGAGGAACUGGGAGAGAUCAGCACAGAACGCCUCGGGAGCAUCACCUCAGCUGCUGACGUGCUCCCAGGGCUGGCAGAGCGGCCUGCUCUGAUGGCUCUGUGGUCGGAGUGUAGUGGUUCUGGAGGACUGUUCCAUACUACGCUGGACAGGGUGCUUAAACACAUGCACCACAGCUACACCAGCCCACUGCAGGAGAAGCACCCACACACCACAGCUGAAACAGUGAUCUGGCUGGUGGUGAGUGAGAUGGUGGACAGGAGUGAUCUGGCCUGCCCUCCUCCCUCGGCCCUGUCCCAGGACGUCCUCACAGUGUUCCAGUUCCACAGCUACGUCUCAGAGCACAGCGUUGGGGACAUGGAGCAACACCUACUGCAGGUGGCCAGAGAGGCUCUGUUUGCGGAGGGCCUGAGCGGCGGCGACUCGGAGCGUUGUCUAAAGGAACUAGAGGAGGUGUCACACACCGGCCUGUGUCCCCAGCUGCAGACCCUCAGGGCCCUGGCCUCCCUCCUCUCCCACCAAGACCCCCAGCUCAGCAAGGCUGCAGCUGCCUACAUCACUGCUGCUGCCUCUCACACACCCUUUAGGUCAAAGGCGGUAGACUGCUACACACAGGCUUUGUCGGAGGGGAGAAUUCAAACCCAAAGGUCUGCCUGCGCUGCUCUCAGUUAUUUACAGGCAGUGGAGAGUAUUCGAGCGGUGGUGUCGCUGUGUGACUCGGCAGAUGAGGAGCUUCACCACGUUGCCAUAAAAACCCUGCUCGCCUUGGGAGAGGAGGGGCGUCUGGCGUAUGAGCAGCUGGACACAGUGCCCAGGGAGCUGGUACAACUGGGGACACGGCGAGGGAAUGCUGUCACCACCGCCUUCUGAAAGCACAGGUCUAAUUAACAUACACCCCC